GGAAGCCGUGCGCCCCAGCCCCGCCUGGACGCAGCCGCGGACUGGGGCCCUGGCGCCCCUGAGCCAUGGAACCAGAGCCAGUAGAAGAUUGUGUGCAGAGCACCCUGGCUGCACUGUAUCCACCUUUUGAAGCAACUGCACCCACACUGCUGGGCCAGGUAUUCCAGGUGGUAGAGCGUACCUACCGAGAAGACGCGCUGCGCUAUGCCCUGGAUUUCUUGGUGCCCGCUAAACACCUUCUUGCCCGGGUCCAACAGGAGGCCUGUGCCCAGUACAGCGGCUUCCUCUUUCUUCAUGAGGGCUGGCCACUCUGUCUGCAUGAGCAGGUAGUAGUACAGCUGGCUGCACUACCCUGGCAGCUGCUUCGCCCUGGAGACUUCUACCUACAAGUAGUGCCCUCAGUGGCCCGAGCCCCUCACCUGGCACUCAAGUGCCUAGCCCCAGGGGGUGGACGGGUGCAGGAACUUCCAGUAUCCACAGAAGCCUGUGCCUACCUUUUCACUCCUGAGUGGCUGCAGGGUAUCAACAAAGACCGUCCAGCAGGGCGCCUCACCACAUGCCUCCUGGCAUCACCCACAGGUGUCCAGCGGUUGCCUUGGGCUGAACUCAUCUGCCCACGCUUUGUGCACAAAGGCAGUCUCAUGGUAGGACAGCGCCCAGUUUCUCUGCCCCCAGAGCUUCCCCCAGGAGCCCCUGGGCUCUCUAGCCCCCCAUUGCCUGAGGAGGCCCUGGGCACUCGAAGCCCUGGGGAUGGGCACAAUGCCCCAGCAGAAGCCCCUGAGGGCGAAUAUGUGGAGCUGUUAGAAGUGACCCUACCAGCCCAAGGGUGUCCUGGGGAAGCAGCAAGCUCCCCUGGCCUCUCCAGGACUCAAACCGUACCUGCCAGAAAAAGUGCAGGAGGGAAGGGACGACACAGAAGACACCGGGCAUGGCUGCACCAGAAGGGAACGGUGCUCCGGGGUCAAGAUGGGGCUCGGCCCCCUGGAGAAGGGAGCAGCACUGGAAUUAAUACUGGCUCUCCCCCACGAGCCGAAUCCCCUCAGGAAGAAAGAACACUUGAUACUCCUGAGCUCCCAGCUGAGACACUGGGAGGCGAGGCUGGUUCUUUCCCUCUAAGACCAAAUGAGGGUGGGGACGGGCCAGGCCAGGGGGAUGAGGGACUGGCUGGGACACCUCGGAAAUUAGGCAAAGGAAACAGAAGGAAAAAGCGUGGGGGAGGCAGAGGAGCCGCUGGGCAGGGAGCAGAAAGUGUACCAUCAAGCCCCAGGAGCAAAGAAGAGACUGGUUGUCCCGAGGCCCUCACUAGUCUGGCCCCCCCAAAUAAGAAUGAGCCCUCAGGAGUCAACCUGGUACAAGAUGAAGAACCUGAAUGUACAGGAAAGACUGAGUCAGAGCUGGACCUAGAGCCGGAGCAAGUCAAGGAAAGAGAGCCCAUUCCCUCUUCUGCCUAUGAGUCCACGGAGGAGGGAACAGGAGAAGUAGAGCCAACAGGGCACAGCAAGGCUGCUGCAGAAGUAUCCACAGACCCAGAGGAACUCCCAUCUAGCCCCCUAAUACCACCGUCUGAAGCUGGAAAGGACAAGGAAGGCAGUAGCCCCGAAGGGUGUGCCCCAACUUUGGUUGACGAUGAUUCCAAUAUGACUUGGGAUUUGAUGGCAUCUGGAUUUUUCAUGCUGACUGGUGGGGUGGACCAGAGUGGCCGGGCCUUGUUGACCAUCACUCCACCAUGCCCUUCUAUUGAGCCUCCACCCACACAAGCAGAGAUGAGCACCGUUCUUUGUUACCUUCAUUCACUGCUCAGGUCUGACCUGAAGAUGUUGGGGUUGUCUGUCCUUCUAGACCUCCGGUGUGCUCCCUUUCUUCCCCCAGGACUAAUCCCUGUUCUAAAUGACCUUCAGGAUUCCAAAGGACACCCUGUGAUACAGCGACUGAUGAUUUUAACUGAGAAUGAGUCCCACAUUGAGCUCAGUGAUCUUCAGGGUGCUGAGUUGCUAUCUGAGAGUGACCUCACAACUGUGGCCAAGCCUGAAGAGCUACAGAAAGACCUAGGAGGUCACAGGGACCUUUCUCCACGGCGCUGGACAGAAACUCAUCAGGAAGUAGCAAGACUGUCCCAGUUGUGCCAUGAUGUUCUAUACUCUGUACGAGAAGCCAUUGAGGAGCUCGAAGGAGCUGCGGAGCUUGAGGGAGAGGUGGAGGUGGGAACUCCAGAGCCCCUGCGGAAGGUGUUAGCAGAUCCCCGGCUGGCAGAACUGCAGAGGGAUGGAGGAGCCAUUCUCAUGAGGCUUCGUAUAGCCCACAGCAGCAGGUUGGAGGGCCCAGGCCCUGCCAUUCUGUACCAGGAAGUGGAUGAAGCAAUUCACCAGCUUGUUCGCCUGUCCAACCUCUACCUACAGCGACAGGAGAAUCACCGACGUCAACACAAACUCCUCCAGGUGUUGCAGUGGCUUUCUGGCCCAGGAGAAGAGCAGUUGAUGAACUUUUCUGAGCUUGGAGACUCCCUGCCUGCCCUGCAGGAGAUGGAGAUGCGUUUCCAAGCCUUCAGUACUGAAGCCCAGGAGCAGCUAGCCCAGGCUCGGGAGGCCCUGACCCUGGAGGAGGACCCCACCACGCAGCAGUCCCUGGAUGACUUUGAGCAGCGACUGGAGCAAGUAGAGAGCAGCCUCCAUCGGGCCCUCCGGCUACACCGUUUCUUUCAGCAGGCACACGAGUGGGUGGAUGAAGGAACGGCAAAGUUAGCAGGAGCAGCACCAGGUCAGGAGGCUGUACUAGCAGCGCUGGCCCCAGUGCCUAGUGCAGGCACCUUCCAAGAAAUGCGGGCUCUGGCCCUGGAACUGGGCAGCCCAGCAGCGCUCCAAGAGUGGGGCCGCUGUCACACCCGAUGCCUGGAGCUAGAAAGAAGGGUUCAGGAGUUUCUUGGGGAUGAAACAAGUCCACAAGGCCGGUGCCGGCGUCGGGCAGACAGUGCCAGCAGUGGAAGAGUCAAACAGGACCCGCUCAGCCCUUCUCGAAGUCUCAGCGUGUUACUGCUCUCCAAUAGCCCUGGACCCCGACCAGCACCUUCCCACUGCUCCCUAGCGCCCUGCGGAGAAGACAGUGAGGAAGAAACACAAGAACUUGCUCCUGAGGCCCAGGGGAAGCCACGGCCUGGGACCACACGAGCUGUACUGAUCCGUGGCCUAGAGGUCAGCAGCACUGAGGUGGUAGACAGGACCUGCAGCCCCAGGGAACAUGUACUGCUAGGCCGAGCUGGAGUCCCUGAAGGGCCCUGGGGGGUUGGCACCCCUCGGAUGGAGCGCAAGAGAAGCAUCAGCGCCCAGCAGCGGUUGGUGUCAGAGUUGAUCUCCUGUGAGCAAGAGUAUGUAGCAGUAUUGGGUGAACCACUGCCACCACCGGGGCCCGAACUGACAGCAGAGCUUCGGGUAGACUGGGCUACAGUCCUGGCUGCUCGGGAGCGACUCCGAAACUUCCAUCGGGUGCAUUUCCUUCGGGAGCUGCAAGGCUGUGCUACACACCCUCUCCGAGUGGGGGCUUGUUUCCUGAGGCAUGGGGACCAGUUCAAUCUGUAUGCUCAGUAUUUGAAACACCGGCACAAACUGGAAGCUGGCCUGGCUGCACUCAACCCCCCUAACAAAGGUUCCACAGAAGGCCUCUACUCGCCCCGCUUCCUACAGCAACCCCUGGAACAGUUAGCUCGAUACGGGAAACUCUUGGAGGAGUUGCUGAAAGAGACAGGGACUGAGCUGAGUUCUGAACGCCAGGCUCUGGCAGCUGCCCUGCAGCUGCUAAGGGACCAAGAGGACAGAGGCCGGGAUCUGCUGGCUGUGGAGGCUGUACGUGGCUGUGAGGUGGAUCUGAAAGAACAAGGGCAGUUACUACACCGAGAUCCUUUCACUGUCUUCUGUGGGAGGAGGAAAUGCCUACGUCAUGUCUUCCUCUUUGAACAUCUCCUCCUCUUCAGCAAACUCAAGAGCCCAGAGGGUGGGCCUGAGGUUUUUGUUUACAAGCAGGCCUUUAAGACUGCUGACAUGGGGCUGACAGAGAACAUUGGGGACAGCGGGCUCUGCUUUGAGCUGUGGUUCCGAAGACGGCGUUCCCGGGAAGCAUACACACUUCAGGCCACCUCAUCUGAGAUUAAACACAAGUGGACAAGCUCCAUUGCCCAGUUGCUUUGGAGACAGGCAGCUCACAACAAGGAGCUUCGAGUGCAACAAAUGGUAUCCAUGGGCAUUGGAAACAAACCCUUUUUGGACAUCAAGGCCCUUGGGGAGAGGACCCUGAGUGCCCUGCUCACAGGGAGAGCUGCCCGAACCCGGGCCUCCGUGGCUGUCUCUUCUUUUGAGCAUGUCGGCCCCUCCCUACCCUGUCUCUCCCCGGGAGCCUGCUCCCUGCCCGCCCGCGUCGAGGAGGAGGCCUGGGACCUGGACAUCAAGCAGAUCUCCCUGGCUUCCCCUCCAGCACCUGAAUCACCUGACUCUUCUGGAGAAGUGUCCCCAGGAGCAAGGAGCAGCCCCAGCCUACAGCCCCCCAACCUUGGGAGCAGCACCCCUAUCCUGCCUAGUGGAGGGAUCUUGGGGUAUGCCCGUCCGAGCCAUACUCGAGCCCCAAGUGAUCCUACCACCCCUCUGUGACCCUGGAGUUCUGAGAGUAGGUCCAGAACUCAACAGGAACACCACCUCUGAAACACAUGAUGGGUUGGGGUAGAGGAGUAAUAUAGGCAUGAAAGAAUGUCAUGCUUCUUCCUUUCAUUUUAUUUUCUGGGAAAGAGGGGUCGAGGGACCAGUGCAUUAUUAUACUGCCUCCCCAUCCCCUGCUCUUCCUAGCUUGGUGCCUUUGCCUGCAGGACCUAAGGUGACCACGUCUGCUCACCACUGAAACCCUGCAAUAGGAGAAAUUCUCCCUCUUCCCUUCCUUCCCCAAUCCUAACCCAUCAUUCCCUAGGAAACACAUCACUGCACAUGCCCAGUACUCCUCUACCCACAAUUUUCAUUUCUCUUCCACCCCUGACUCCUCCCUAAAGGAACUCAUCUCUGCGGGCAAAUUGGAGUAUUCUGGGAACUGGACCAUCACAGAUAGAACUAUGCAAACUGUUGUGGGAGGGAGGGAUUGGGAAACGUGAAGAUGUCUUCUAUGUAAUUACUGUUAUUAUAAUUACUAUUGCCACAUUAAAUGUAUUUACUGGAGUUAUCUCCUGGAAACAGGAAGCCUUCUUAGUCUCUUGGAGUGAUUGAGACAACACUUUAAUUUGGACACUUCCCCAGAACUAGUCUCAUGGCCAGAAUACAUAAAAAACUGAAUUUUAAGUAAAAAGGACUUUUAUGUGACCUUGGACUUCAUUCUUCUAAUCUGGAAAAUUAAGGGCUCUAACUAUAAGACCUCUACAGUCUAAAUCUAUGACCAAAGCUUUGUUCCUAUCACUAACUGCAUGUCUCAAUGAGGCCAGCUAAAUUUAGGGAGGCUCAUCACAAGAAGAUGGGCUACUGGGUAAUGAUUUUUUUGGGGAGGAGAGGGUCACUGCAAUUCAUGAAGUACCUACUUACUAAAGCAUGAAAAUGAUUACAAUCUCCUUGUGAAGGUACUACCCACAAUGAAAAAAUCACAACUCUUGAAUUAUUUAAGUAGGCCAGGUGCCAUCCACAUUCCAUCACAAAUCAAAAGCUGUUGGUGCAAGAAACCUGAUUCUGCAGGUGCCUUCCAUUCUGCCUCCCCUCCGAAACUUAUUAUAGACUGGCAGUGAGGCUACCAACGGUGAGGUGCUACCUCUUAUGUCUCCUUCUACCCACCCACCUCUGUUGGGAGUCCUGGCUGCUUCCAGGGAGCUCUGGGUCCAA